GUCACUGUAAACAUCAUGCUCAUGCUUGUGUGUUUUUUCCCCUCAGAGAAGAUUUGACAGCUUGUGUUUUUUUUUUUGGGGAGCUUUUCUGCUGCCUGGUGUCAGCACCCUCACUAUGUCACGUCCGUUUGUGUGAGUGUGUGUCUGUGUGAGGUGCAGGGAUGAUGGAUCGGCCGAAGCACUGGUGAGGAGUGAGGAGUAAAAAGUGGGGAUGCUGGUUUCCCUCGUGGGACGUUGCGCUCGUUUGCUUCCCUCAGAAAGGUCAUUUGUGCGUUGGGGCUGGGGGGGGGAAGAGGGGUGACCGCUGUGUUUGUGUGUGUGUGUGUUUUUGCGUGUGUGUGUGUGUGUGUGAGCGAGUGUGCGAAUGGGGAAGAGUCUUCUGGCUGUUUUGGCGUCUGCUGCGGCUCGGCUGGAAAGCCCUCCCCCCCUCACCUAUUAUUCUCCCCCCCUGAGGUGUGGAGCUGCCUCCCUGCCUCUCUCCACCUUCACACGGUGUGAGUUUAUCUCUACAUGGGUCUGAGCCCCAGCGGCAGAGCCUCCACCGACGCAUUUCCCCGCUGCAGCCCUCGGCCUCUGGCUACCUCACAGCGGACAGACCUCUCGUCUUCCCCUCCUGUGGGAACUCAGACAUCAUGGAGGAAUCCUCGGCUGAAACGCCAGACUCCAGCACGCAAGACAAUGGGCCUCCCCUCGCUGUGAGGGAUGUUAAGGUGCUGCUCGAGAGGGAAAGGUCAGAGGUCACCAGCAGCCCGUCCAGAGACGACGACUCCACACUGCUGAACCCGGCCACACACAGCAGCAUCCUCUACGACAACACAAAGUCUGAAUCGAGUCCCACAGAGGGGAGGAGUAAGUCCAGCGGCCUUUGCUUCAGUGAUGGAAAGAGUCGCAUUGACUACAUCCUGGUGUACAGGAAGUCCAGCUCGCUGUCAGAGAAGAGGGAGGUAUUUGAGAGGAAUAUCCGUGCUGAGGGAUUACAGAUGGAAAAAGAGGCUUCCUUGACCAAUAGCGACGUAAUCUUCCUGAAGGUUCACGCCCCUUGGGAUGUCCUCUGUCGCUACGCAGAGCUCAUGAACAUACGCAUGCCUUUUAGGAGGAAAAUCUUUUACCUGCAACGACGGCAGAAGUUCAUGAGCCGGAUGGAGAAGCGCGUGAACAAAUUCCGUGGCUGGCUUCCCCAAAAGCCCAUGAAGUUUGACAACAACACUCUGCCUGACCUGGAGGAGAACGAGAGCUUUACCGCCCCCUUCAGUCGAUCGAGGAUACAUCAUUUCAUCAUCCACAACAAAGACACUUUUUUCAACAACGCCACCAGAAGUCGCAUCGUCCACCACAUCCUCCAGCGGGUCAAAUAUGAGGAGGGAAAAAAUAAGAUGGGGCUUAAUCGUCUUUUGAGCAACAGCUCGUAUGAAGCAGCUUUCCCUCUUCAUGAGGGGAGCUACCACAGCAAAAACUCCAUCAGAACGCACGGAGCAGAGAACCAUCGACACCUGCUGUACGAGUGCUGGGCCUGGUGGGGGGUUUGGUACAAGUACCAACCGCUGGACCUCAUCAGGAGGUAUUUUGGGGAGAAGAUCGGACUGUACUUCGCCUGGCUCGGCUGGUACACAGGGAUGCUGUUUCCUGCCGCCCUGGUCGGCCUGCUGGUGUUUCUGUAUGGCCUCUUCACUCUGGACCACUGCCAGGUCAGUAAAGAAAUCUGCGAGGCCACUGACAUCAUCAUGUGUCCCAUCUGUGACCAGUACUGCCCCUACCUGAGACUGUCCGACAGCUGUAUCUACGCCAAGGUCACCCAUCUUUUCGACAACGGGGCAACUGUUUUCUUUGCUGUAUUCAUGGCUGUCUGGGCAACAGUCUUUCUAGAGUUCUGGAAAAGACGCAGAGCCGUCCUUGCUUAUGACUGGGAUCUGAUCGACUGGGAGGAAGAGGAGGAUGAAAUACGUCCUCAGUUUGAGGCCAAAUACUCAAAGAAGGAGAGGAUGAACCCCAUUUCUGGGAAGCCUGAGCCUUACCAAGCCUUCACCGACAAAUACAGUCGACUUGUUGUCUCAGCAUCCGGAAUCUUCUUCAUGAUACUUGUGGUGAUUGCCGCUGUGUUUGGCAUCGUCAUUUACCGUGUGAUCACCGUCAGCACCUUUGCCGCCUUCGGCUGGGCUCUCAUCAGGAACAACUCUCAGGUGGCGACCACGGGCACGGCAGUCUGCAUCAACUUCUGCAUCAUCAUGCUCCUCAACGUGCUCUACGAAAAAGUUGCUCUUCUUCUCACCAACUUAGAGCAGCCAAGGACGGAGUCCGAGUGGGACAACAGCUUUACUCUCAAGAUGUUCCUUUUUCAGUUUGUCAACCUCAACAGUUCCACUUUCUACAUCGCCUUCUUUCUGGGGAGGUUCACAGGGAGGCCUGGUGCAUAUCUACGCCUCAUCAAUCGCUGGAAACUGGAAGAAUGUCACCCGAGCGGUUGCCUCAUUGACCUGUGUCUGCAGAUGGGGAUCAUCAUGGUGCUUAAACAGACCUGGAAUAACUUUAUGGAGCUUGGCUACCCGCUGAUCCAGAACUGGUGGACGCGGCGGCGGCUGAGGAGAGAGCACGGACCGAACGCCAAGGCCACCUUCCCCCAGUGGGAGAGGGAUUACAACCUGCAGCCAAUGAAUGCCUACGGACUCUUCGAUGAAUACCUCGAGAUGAUUCUGCAGUUCGGCUUCACCACCAUCUUUGUGGCAGCCUUUCCUCUGGCGCCGCUCCUAGCCCUGCUCAACAACGUCAUUGAGAUCCGGUUGGACGCCUACAAGUUCGUCACACAGUGGCGCCGCCCUCUGCCAUCACAAGCCAAAGACAUUGGGAUCUGGUAUGGCAUUCUGGAAGGCAUCGGCAUCCUGUCUGUCAUCACCAAUGCCUUCGUCAUCGCCGUUACCUCGGACUUCAUCCCGCGCCUUGUUUACGCCUAUAAGUACGGACCUUGUGCCGGUCAGGGUCGAGCAGGGGAGGGAUGUAUGAGGGGUUACGUCAACGCCAGUCUCUCGGUGUUCCGGGUGUCUGACUUUGAGAGGAGAUCGCAGUACAGGACAAAUGGCUCUGAUCUCUUUGGAGAGGCUGUGAAGUACUGCAGGUAUCGUGACUACAGGGACCCUCCAGAUUCUGCGGAGCCCUACUCGUACACUCUGCAGUUCUGGCACGUCCUGGCAGCUCGACUGGCGUUCAUUAUCGUUUUUGAGCACAUGGUCUUUGCCAUCAAGACCUUGAUCGCGUACCUGAUCCCAGACCUUCCCAAGGACCUGCGGGACCGUAUGCGCAGGGAGAAAUACCUGAUCCAGGAGAUGAUGUAUGAGGCCGAGCUGGAGAGACUGCAGAAGGAGAAGAACGAGAAGAAGAGGAAAGUGAGGGCCCACCACAAGGAAUGGCCCUGAACGCACCAAACUGGUCAUCAGCUGGUGUUUGAUUUUCAAUGCAGAGUGAAGGAAAGUGAUGAGUGCUGGGUUUCCUGCAUGAUACUAGACCCUGGCACUCUCAGCCUGCUCCUGCCACGUCAGACCAGCACCUCCAAGUGGACAGUUGACGAACUGCGCCCAGCAGGGUCACAGAGAUCCAGGAGCGCCCCUGAGUCUGCACCAUGAGAGAUGUUCUCUUGAACAUUUGGCAACGGGUUUUGCUAAAAAAUAGAUACAUAAAGACUUUAUGGGGAUGGCUAUCGACCACUUUGGACUGUCAACAGUGGAUGUCUUCAGAUCCUGAAUGUAGGUUUCAAGCAAGGCACAGCUUUUACCGAUUUCUUCUUUCAGAUGUGAGAAAAACACUCUGCGGAGCUUACUGAAUGACAAACCCUGUUUACAUUUCUCCUUAAACAAUGUUUAAGGAGUUAACAUUUGGCUUUAUUGUAAAUAAAGAUAUUUAAUUGAAUGUCAGGCGCUCUGCUCUGUUAUAGUGUAGUGCAAUUAAAAAUUAAAAAUAAUUUAAGAAGUUACUCUACUCAAGAAGGGGCUGUGUCCACAGGUUGCUUACAUUGCAAAUGUAUUUGAAUUUAGAUUGAUAAAUGCAGUAAUAAACAUUAUUUAUUGUAAAGAAA